AUGAUUAGAUAUUGGGAAGAAGGUUUUGAUCCAAAGACUACCAAAGUAUCUCAUCUUAGAAGAAUUUUGGUGGAGAACCAGAUUGAAUUCGCUGCUAAUUCAAGAAAACAUCAAUUGGUAAAAUUAUUUGAACAAUUUGUAAGACCAAGAAUCUUACAUAUUAGAGAAAAGUACAAGAAAAUUGAACCAAGUUCUGAAGGUAUUAUUUUUGUUAAAUCAAACAAUGGACGGUCCUCUAAGCAUGACUCCGAAACAGAUACAAAACUGGCGGGUGUUGGAAAUAAUAAUGAUGAUGAUUUAGUUAUAGUAGGAGAUUUUGAUUCAGCUUCGCCAUAUUCUGUUUUAUCAGAAUCCAGUAACGUUGAUACUGUCUCUACAAAGAGUGAAACAUCAAGAAAAAGAAAGAAAGGUAUAGAUGAUGCUGUCAACAAAUUGGCUUCGAAAUCAAUGGGUGCAGAUCUAAGUAUCACGUCAGAUAAUGGUAUACAGGUGAAAAAAAAGACAAAAAAGAGGAAAACUGGAACAACAGAUACAAAGGAACAUGUUGUAUCUAUAAGAGAAAGUCAAGAGGUUUUAUCAAAAAGUGAAAAAUUAAGAAGUGAAGAAAUUAAUAGAAAAAUUAAAGAUAUUUCUUUAACUGUUAGUCAAAGAAAGAGAAAUGUCCCACUAGAUAUCGCAAAAUUAAAACAAUCUAAAGAUAACAAAACUAUCAAGACUCUGUUUGACGAAACAAAUUCCGAAAAUAAUUCGCAACAAUCGCAGAAUUCAAAUCCAAUAAAUAAUGAAAUUACAGAAUCGAGUGGUUACGAAGAAUUGUUACUUAAUGAUUCUACUAGCUUAGAAAAAAAUGAACUAACAAUGAAAACAAGUACUCCUUUCGAAAUCAAUACUAUACCAGAAAAAAAAACAGUAAAAAAGAUUAAGAACUUUCUUAAUAAUUCAAAAUUGAAAUCAGUAACUAAAUUUAUUUUUGAUAUUACAAUUUUUCUUUCAAUAAUAGCUACAAUUGGGUUCACCCUUUGGUAUCGUGAACAAAGAAUUUUAGUUGGUUAUUGUGGACAUGAAGUUGAAAGAAAACUAGCAGUUGACACCUUAUUAGAAUCCAACCAAAUGGCAACUAAAGUUAAAUCAUUUUUGGAAAAUUACAAACCACAAUGCAUUCCUUGUCCUGAAAACGGUAAAUGUCACUCAUUGAUGAGGUUGGAUUGUAAUGAAAACUAUUUAUUGGCAAAUAAUCCAUUAAGUUUAUUUGGAUUAAUUCCUAUUAGUGGUGAGUGUAUCAGAGAUACUAAAAUGGAAAAAAUACGGAACAAGAUUGUUAGAAAUGCAUUGGCUAUAAUCAGAAAAAAAAAUGCCGUCUAUCAAUGCGGUAGUAGUAAUGAUGAUUUAGCAAGUGGCAUUCGUGUUGUAGAACUCUAUAAUUUAUUCCGCCAAAAUAAAUAUUCCUGGCUGAACAAGAAGGAGUUUGAUGAGAUGUGGAAAGAAGUCAUUACAAAUUUGAAGAAAAUACCAGAUGUUAUCUGGAUUAGAAACAUGAAUGCAAAUAAUAUUCAUUCCAAUGAUGUGAGUAAUUAUUUUACAGGUAUUCUAAGAUCAACAUCAGGGAAAUACUUAAAUUUAUCUUGCAGAUUAGAAAAAAAUAUGAUUGAUUUAGGAUUAAAAGUAAGUGGGAUUUUGGUUGGUGUAACAUUAUUUUUACUUCUUAUAAAUAAAGCUAGAAAGUAUUUCUCUUAUUACGUGUCAGAAAAGUCCAAUAUUGAAGAUGCUAUUCAGAUUCUUUUACUAGAAUUAAAGAAACAUAGUGACGAAAAAGAAUACAAUACUCUCACUACAGGACAAUUAAGAGCAUUGAUAUUUGAUGAAACAACAGAUUUAAAACAUCAAAAUCAAAUGUGGAAACAAAUAUGUGCAAGACUGGAAAAAGAUUACAAAAAUGUCGAUACAGAACAAAUGGAGAUACAUGGAGAAAUAAUUACACGCUGGAGAUGGGUUGACAUUGGUGACGAAUCUAAUAUUAUGUAA